AUGGGCAGCCAUGUCGCCCUUCUUAAGAGGCUGGCAGCCAUCCCCAAUGGAGCCCAAGAAGUCCGGCCAAACCUGAUUCUGGCCGUUGUUUGCUCCACCAUGUUCCUUGAUCCGCCCAGCUUCACGGCUCUGGUUAUCGCGCGUGCCUUUCAGGGAAUUGGGGCGGGGUUCACCAUCCCUUCUGCCCAAGCUCAUGUGGCAAUUUACUUCCCCUCGCCGGCAGAGCGAGCAAAAGCCCUUGGUUUCUGGGCGGCAGCCGGGAGCAUGGGAUUCAUCGUCGGCCUGAUCCUAGUUGUGCCAGCCGCUCAUGUCAUCCUCCCUCGAGCAAUUACUGCUCAUUCUCCAGCUUCUCGUGAGAUUACAGACCAGGAACGCGAGGAGAAUAAGCUCUUCUAUUCCAUAAAGACACGCCUUAUCCGCUUCGAUGUGUUAGGCAUCUGUCUGGGUGUCCCUAGCCUCCUCCUCCUAACUUAUGCACUCACCUCCGCCAACACGGCUGGCUGGAGCUCACCCUCCAUCGUCUCGACACUGGUCAUAUCAAGCGUGCUGCUCCUCGUGUUUGCACUGCACGAAUAUCGGGCACCCCAGGCUCUAAUCAACCCCCGUCUCUUCAGCCCAAGCUUCACACUUACCCUCGUCUUGGCCGUAGCAACCUAUGCCGUCCGCCAGGCUUGUUCCUACUUCCUCACACUCCAACUACAGUCCUACGGAUCGUCACCUCUACACACUGCUCUUCUCUUCCUGCCUGUCGGCAUAUCCGCCCUCAUUACCAACACAGCUGCAGGCCGUCUGGUUCCUCUACUAGGUGCCCGGGCCAUGUUCGUCCUCGGCUGGGGCCUUUGCAUCCCUGGGGUGGUAUUGUUUAGCUUCAUUACCCAGGAGACAUCGUACUGGCGCUUCACCUUCCCGGGCAUGAUACUAUAUAUUGCCGGCCUGGGCGUCGUGUACAUCACUGCGAACUUCGUGGUAGUGUCUAAUGCAAACAAGAGUGACCAGGGCGUGGUGGCAGGCGUGUUUAACGUCGCACUCCAAGUGGGAGGAAGUGUCCUGGGUCUCGCAGUACUGACAAGCGUUGCGAAUGGAAUUAAUGGACGGUAUAGCAGCGGAAACGCAGAGGGUAAACUUAGCCUGAUCGGCUAUCAGAGUGUGUAUUAUUCGUGCAUCAUACUGUGUGCUGUGGCACUGGCGUUGAGCCUGGUGGUCAAGAUACCAGAUGCAAUGAAGGGGAGCCUGUGGAAGAAUCCAGAGCAAGAGGCGAGGGCGGAGCAGCAAGCGCAGGCGCAGACGGCAAUGGAGAUGAAUUGA